UCUACUCGUAAGGUUCAACAACCUCCUGCUGAUUCUGUAACAAGCCUCUGCUUCAGUCCAAAAGCUAAUCUUCUGGUUGCUACUUCAUGGGAUAACCAGGUACGAUGUUGGGAAGUGAUGGGAAGUGGAACCAACACUGGAACUGUACCCAAGGCCGCCAUAUCACAUGAACAACCGGUUUUAUGCUCAGCUUGGAAGGAUGAUGGGACAACUGUCUUCUCUGGAGGUUGUGACAAGCAAGUUAAAAUGUGGCCUCUAUCUGGUAGUCAACCUGUAACAGUAGGCAUGCAUGACGCUCCUGUCAAGGAAUUGGCUUGGAUCCCAGAGACGAAUCUCUUGGUCACAGGAAGCUGGGAUAAGACUCUGAGGUAAUUGGACUUUGAAGUUGAGCAUAUCGCAUUUCUCAAAAAUAUCCAUCUUAGGGCCAUUUUGUUCCAUUAAAAUUUAAGAGAUUUGAAUCUUAAUGCACAUUUGAAUGUUAAGAUGUUGUCUUUAUGUAGGACACUGAAUGAUUAACAGUGCUUGUUUUUUCAGCAUCUGAAUGUGUGAAUUUAUAUAUAUUUAAAUAUAAUAGUAUACAAUUCAAAUAAAAAAGUAAAUAAAUAUUAUAUCAGCAAAUAUCAAGGAAAAUAUUAACUUAAAAUAAGAAAAAGUUACCAUUUGAGAUAAAUUGUAAUAUUUAAAGAUAUAAAUGAAAUACUAUCGCCACUUGAGAGCUGCAGUAACCCACAUUUGAUUUGAGAACAUGAACUGUAUAAAAUCAUGAACAGAUGGAUUUCACUGCUUGAGAAAUACAGUAUAUGUAAAAAUACGGAUGAAUUUAGGCGACCAAUGCUGCUCAGCUUAAUGGUCAAUUAACAAAAGUCACAUAUUACACUGUCAACUGGAACUUGGGCUGGAAGCUUAUGCAGCUAAGACUUAAGAGCCUGUUUGGAUGGGCUUAUGCUUAUAAGCUAGAAUUUCUAACUUAUUUUGUUUUUUUGGCUUAGGAACAAGUGUGUAAAAGCACCUUAAAUUUUACCCUAACACUACAAAAGUGCUUAAAAACUAUUUUGACUUAAAAGCACCUAAAAUAAGUCAAUCCAAACAGGCUCUAAACAAUUAUCCUGGUCAUAUUCACUCCUCACUUACCAGAAAACAUAAGACUUCUCAACAAACCCAAAAUACUCACAAUUACAAUUGCAACAUAGUUGAAACUCACAAGAUAUAAGGUGAAGGAAAUAACGAACAGUUCUGGAACAGUAGAUUGGUGAAUUUUGCUUAGCAGCCACCAUCACCGCCAAAGAAACAUCUUAAUGAAUGCUCAAAGCAAAACUUUUGUCAAACUAUCUGAAAUUCUCUCUCAUUGUAUUGAAAUCAACCCAUCCCAUCCAAACCCACUAUUUUCUUUUAAAAUUAAACAGUUUAAGCAAACCAUCCAAAACCCACUAAGUCCUUGACGAACACCUGCGCUAAUCAGACAAAGAGCUCAAGGUCAGGAAAGACAGUCUAAGAGGCUAAGGUGUUUUCACCAACUCAUUCCGUUGUAGCCACUAAUCUUCUCAAAUCAUAUUUGAAAAAGGGGUCUUGUUAAAACCUCAUCUCAAAUCUGAAACUACCAUUAAAAUACAGAAUCAAGAUUGGAGAAUCCCAAAUAUCCAGCCAGAAUUUGAUAUCAUGCCAGUUUAAGAGGAAAAGAUUGGGUUGGCUGGUUGAUAGCUGGAACAGAGAGAUGGCGAUGCCUGAGUUUGCAAAACGAACGAAAAAAUGAGUGUGACUUUGAAAGACAUGUAUUUUUAAGGUCUGAAUGAUGUUAAAACUUUGGUUCUUAUCUGAUAUAUUGAGAUCCAUUAAGAUGUUCUAAGAUUUUAUUAGAAAAAAAAAGCAAAUAUACUUAAUGGGCUGAGACA